AUGGAGACAAUUUCACAACUUCAUAUUGUAUUGCCUGUUAUCUGUUUGAUAAUAGGAGAAUUUGCUCUCAAUGGAAAAGCUCAAAUGGUGGACUGCAAUGAAUCUGACAGAGAAGCUCUUAUUGACUUCAAAAAGGGUCUUGAAGAAUCUGAGGGUCGGAUCUCCUCAUGGAGAGGAAGCAACUGCUGUCAAUGGUGGGGUAUAACAUGCGAUAACAAUACUGGAGCUGUUGUUACUGUUGAUCUCCACAACCAAUAUCCAUCAGGUUAUGAUGCUUCUGGCAGGUAUGGAAAUUGGAACUUGAGUGGAAUGAUAAGACCUUCACUGACAAAACUCAAGUCCUUGAGAUAUUUGGACUUGAGCUUCAACACUUUCAAUGGCACAAUUCCUGAUUUCUUAUCCUCUCUGGAGAAUUUACAAUAUCUAAACCUGUCAAAUGCUGGGUUCAGAGGUGCAGUCCCUCCAAAUCUUGGAAAUCUCUCUAGGCUGCAAUACCUUGAUCUCUCCCCCAGCUUUCCUUAUUAUCUAUCUGUCAAUAACUUCGAAUGGGUGACCGGCCUUGUCUCGUUGAAAUAUUUGGAAAUGACUGGAUCAAACCUUUCAAUGGUAGGACUAAGAUGGAUUGAAGCAUUCCAUAAGCUUCCUCAUUUAACUGAGUUGCAUUUAUCUUCUUGUGGUUUAUCAACUUUCACUUCUACUCUUACUUUUGUUAACUUUACAUCACUUGCUGUCCUGGACUUGCAUGGUAACCAGUUCAAUUCCAUGUUACCUAGUUGGCUUGUGAAUAUUAGCAGCCUUGUAUCCCUUGACAUCAGCUCUAGCAGCUUGUAUGGAAGAAUUCCACUUGGUUUUGGAGAACUGACAAAUUUGCGGUCAUUGAAUCUUGGUAACAAUGACAACCUUACGGCUAGCUGCUCUCAACUGCUUGGGGGAAGCUGGAAAAAGAUAGAAGUUCUUGAUUUUGAACUCAACAAGUUACAUGGGAGCCUUCCUGCUUCCCUGGGGAACAUGACUUUUCUCACUCGCCUCAACUUGUUUCACAGUGGUAUCAAGGGCGGGAUUCCAGGCUCGAUCGGAAGACUUUGUAAUCUGCAAUAUAUUGACUUAUCAUCUAAUAAUCUGACAGGAAGCAUACCUGAAGGAAUAGAAAACUGCCCCUCCAAAGGACCUCUACCCAGUUUGCAGCAGUUUAUUGCUAGUGACAAUCAAUUGGUCGGUAACCUGCCAGACUGGUUAGGCCAGCUUACGAAUCUUGUAGAACUCAAUUUGCAGUGGAACUCACUUCAUGGUCCCAUUCCUGCUUCUUUAGGAAAUUUGCAGCAUCUAUCUGAACUCAGGCUCGAAGCAAAUAAACUAAAUGGUAGUCUCCCUGAAAGUUUAGGACAACUCUCCAACUUGUCUGCCCUUGAUGUUUCUAUCAAUGAAUUAACAGGUGUUAUCUCUGAAACUCAUUUCUCAAGGCUAAGUAAAUUGCAGCUCUUGCUGUUGUCUGAAAAUUCAUUCAUUUUAAAUCUCAAUUCUCAUUGGAUCCCACCAUUCCAGCUGUGGUAUCUUGAACUGGGUUCCUGCCAUCUUGGUCCUUUGUUUCCUGAGUGGCUUAGAUCUCAAAAGGAGUUGAAGUAUCUUCAUUUCCCAAAUGCCAGUGUUUCAGGUUCAAUACCAGAAUGGUUUUGGGAAAUGUCUGGCAAUCUAUCUGUGUUGAAUAUUUCAUUUAAUCAGUUAGAGGGUCAGUUGCCAAAUCCAUUUAAUAUAGCUCCUUUUGCACUUCUUGAUUUGAGUUCCAACCUCUUCUAUGGACCCAUUCCUCUUCCAAGUGCUGAAAUCAACUUGCUAGAUCUUUCUAACAACCAAUUUUCUGGUCCUAUCCCUGACAACAUUGGUAAAAUCAUGCCAAAUUUGGUGUUUCUCUCUCUUUCAAACAAUCAAAUAACUUCUGAAGUCCCAGUGUCUAUUGGAGAGAUGAAAUCACUUCAGGUCGUUGAUCUUUCGAGAAAUAAUUUGACAGGAAGCAUUCCUCCAAGCAUAGGGAAUAGUUCUUUGCUCUCUGUUCUAGACCUUCAAAAAAACAAUUUGUCCGGCGAGAUUCUAGCAUCUUUAGGACAACUGAAUCUACUUCAGACACUUCACUUAAACAACAACAGAUUCUCAGGAGAAAUCCCAUCAACUCUCCAGAACUUGUCUUUUCUAGAAACUCUAGACCUUGGGAACAACAGGUUUUACAGGGAACAUUCCACCUUGGAUUGGACAGACUUUCCCACAUCUUAG